CUCGCGUAUUAUCCCCGUCCCCGUCUCGUCCCCGUCCAAACCCUAUCGAGAUAGCUUACGCGACCGGCGGCGAGCGAAGUGGCGGCGAGCGGAGCAGCGACGAGCGGAGUGGGUGGCGGGAGGGGAUGAAUCCCGCCUAGCCGCUCCAUAUCAGCUGCCGUACUUGGAGUCCGACCGGCGCCGCCGUACGUGGAGUCCGACCGGCGCCGCCGUUCUUGGUGUCCGACCGGCGCCGCCGUUCUUGGAGUCCGACCGGCGCCGCCGUUCUUGGUGUCCGACCGGCGCCGCCGUUCUUGGAGUCUGACCGGCGCCUCCAAAUCUCUCCCAUGUCUCUAGUCCACCACCGUGCCCUGCCGCUGCCGCUGCCGCCGUGCCGCGCCUCGAGCGUCGGCGCCGCCCGACGCCUCAAUCCCUCCCCCGCCGACAUCCCAGCCUCCCUCCUCGCGCCAAGUCGUCGCUGCCGACGCCGUUUCUGUCGGGACGCCAAGGCGUUCUUGCUCUCUCCGCCCCGUCCGCAGCCUCUGGCAUCGGCUCUCCAGGUACAAGCCUGCUCUCAUCCACCCAUUCCUGAAACCCCACUCGCAUUCACAAUUUGCGCGCCUGCCUGCCGGCGCGCGCCCGGCACACACCACCUAGAUCCGCCCCCGUGAUACAUCCCAUUUUACCUGCAUACUCCGUCAAACGAUGGAAACCGUGGUAGCAGUACAGCGUCACGGACCAAUCUCUGCAGAAUUCGACCGAAAAUUUGUUUCCCAGCCCUCUUCCCUUUGCUCUCCAUUUCGGCUGUGAUGUCUGAUGAGUUGAUCUCACAGCCGUUCCGGUUAUGUUUUGUGAUGUCUGAUGAGUUGAUCUCACAGCAGAAAUUAUGUUCUAGAAUCCACAAUGCAAGUUGCUACAGAAGCUAGUCAGAUAAAUUCUUAAUUUGCAGACAUUGUGCAUUUUUAUGGGAUUUUGGUUUGCUAUUUUUUGGUGAGUUCGUUUCCUAUCCUUAAAGUUGGUACAUUCCACAAAAUAUGGAAUCAAGUUAGGAUACCAGCCGUUGCAGCCAUAUUCCACAAUAUCAUCAAACAACAUAAUGGUGAUGAAGACUGGCUUGAAGACCAAAAGGAUAACAUAAACCCAGGAAAUUUUGUGGAUCUCCCUGACGGUGAUGAUGAGGUACAACAGGAAGAUGUUGUACAGCUCCCGGGCAACCACGUGUUAGGCAACAAUUUGAGGGAUCAGAUCGCUAUGCAAAUGUGGAAUGACUACCAAGCAGGAAACAAUGCAAAUGUGGAAUAGCUAGUUGUGUGUUUCUUAAUCUUCUAGUCUUGUGUUGUAAUGAUACACUAUUCAUGUUCUAGUCUUAUGUUGUAAUGGUGCACUAUUUGUGUUUAAUUUCUUCUAAUAAUGAACUUGGUGAUACGCUCUUUUGUUAUAAUAUAUUUUGUAUUCAGUUUUGUGUAUUCAAUUUUUUAUGCUUUACCUAAACUAGAUAUGGAAACAAAAGGGUCCAACACGGUUCAGUACAGCUCCAGCACAGUGGGUAAGAAAAGGAAAUCUCCUAAGCAAGGGAAAAAGAAGUCUCCUAAGCAAAGAAAAAAGAAAUCUCCACAAGGUGCAAAGCCAAGAGCACAAUGGAAUAUUUUGCUUGAGAAGUCACUUGUUGAGAUACUCCAUGAGCAUGACACUCCGUAUCAUAGAGGCCAGAAUGGUUGGAGCGGUGAAUCCUGGUCAGCAAUGGUGGAUAUGUUCCACCAAAGAAAUCCACAUGUGAGGUUUGACAAGUCCCAGGUUCAUGACAAGGAGAAGGAACUCAAAAGGGAUUAUAGAAUGCUGAAAGAUGCCCUUGGGCAAAGUGGAGUUGGGUGGAUCGAGAGCAAGUUCAUGUUGGAUGCUGAGCCUCAUCUAUGGGAUAAUCUGGCAAUUUCAUUUGGUCCAAGAAUCUUGAGGUUUAAGAAAAAGCCCUUUCCUCUUUAUGAGACACUUGCAAAUCUCUACCAUAAACACACUUCUGAGGGAAACUUCAACUUUACCUCUACCGCUGACCAAAAACCACACAUGGAUAUCGAAACUGAUUCUGAUGAUGAUGAAGAAGAUAAGGAUGCUGAUUUCGAGAUCUUAGAGCAACCACAUGUGGAGCAUGUACAGGUCAAUCAAAGGCAGGUUGGGUUGGAGCAUGUAGUGGCUACUCAAACACAAGCUAGUGUGACAAAUGUAGAGGCCAAUCAAAGAAAUGGUGCUGGUCCCUCAACAAACAAGCCAAGAAGACGCAAGAGCAGCCCCAAGAUGAAACCUAAGAGUACCGGAGAUGCAUUAGUUGGAGUCAUUGACAGGUUUGUCAACAUCAAAGAGAAAGAAGUCAACAACGAAGCUGCUCAACAAUUCACCAUAAGCAAAUGCAUCGCUACCUUGAGAACCUUGCAAGGUUUUGAUCCCGCUGAAAAACCAAAAGCCUUUGUGGUCUUCAAAAGUGUUGACAACCGCGAGAUAUUCCUCAGCUCCGUCGAGGAUAAUGAUGGCAGUGCACUAGCUUGGCUUCGCGGUGAGAUGGCCAAGUUACCAUGAGGAGCCGCUGAACAAGACUUUUCAGGACCUAGGGACGUGGAGGCUCUCAAAUUCUUUGUGUUGAAUGAAGCUGAGAAAGCAGGAGAUGCAACGAUUCAAGAUGAGCUGUAGUUGUAGUGUGUUGGUAGCAGGCACAUGCUGAUAGACAAUGAUAUUGUGUUCAAGCAACUUUCGAGUACUGCUUGACCUAUUUAAUUUUUGUUUGAUCAAGUUGGCUUGUACUGUCUUCUGGCGUUUGUUGCUAACUUAAGCCAUUUCAUCUGAGUUAGUGCAUCGAGUGAACUUUAGUAUUUGGAUUUAUAGUUUCAUGUAUUAAAAAUUGAAUCUUUGCUAGUGUAUGUUGGUUUGCAAUGUUUUAUUCA